CCCGGCGGAUGUCCUGAGCUCGCCGCCCGCGGCUCUGCGCCCCGGCCGGCGGGUGCUCGGGGGAGUUGGGGCGAGGCGGGCCGGGUAUGCGCCAUCACCAUGGCCCAGCUGGGCUCGUGGCUCGGGGAGGUCCAGUGGCUAGUCUUGGUGUCGCUCUUCGUGGCGGCGCUGGUCACCGUGGGCCUGUACCUGGCGCAGUGGGGGCUGGCCAGGGCGCACCCCCGGCCUCGGCGGCGGUCGCCGGCGGAGCCUGGCGGGGGGCCGCGCCCCGAGUCCGACGCGCUGCUCUCCUGGAUCCUGACGCUGAACAGCUGGAGGAGCCAAUGGCAGGCGGCCUGGGUGGCCGCCCUGAACCGCGAGGCGGAAAGGAAAGGGGGCCCGCUGUCCCUGGCCUUUGAGGAGGACCCGCGGCAGGAGCCCCUGGAGCUGGCGGUGCAGGAGGUCUCCAGCGUGGCCAGGUCGGCCGAGGAGAAGGUGGUGGUCUGUCGCGCAGUGGGCCAGGCCGCCCGGUUCUCGGUGAGCGCGGGGCCCGCCUCGGCCGUGGGCGGGGGCCGCCGGCUGUACCACGUGCGGCUGUCCCCCUUCCAUCUGCAGCUGGAGCUCCACCUGCAAGAAAAGAGAGAGGACAUCCAGGUCACGUGGUCCUUCAUCAGCGUGCCGGAAAUGGCCAUUAAGGUGGAGCCCAAAGCACAGGGGGAGGACCAGGUGGCUGAGACAGGUGCGGUCUCCGACUCCCUCAAGGACAUCCUGAAGCGCGCGGUCGGCUCCGCCUCCCCGUCGGUGGUGCUGAGCGCCCGGCCUGUGACUGUGACGGAAGCGCAGAGUCUACAGCGGGCUCCAUCUGCUGCUCAGGAAUCCUGCCCUCCUAAGCCUCCGCGGGCUCACGAGCUCAAACUGCUGGUGAAGAACAUCCGCGCCUCGCUGCUAAACGAUCCUGGUGCUUCAGGCGACACUAACACAGUGUGCGUAGCUCAGCUGAACGAGCCUGUUCAGAGGUUCUCCAGCGCCCCAGUGAAAGACACUACCAGCCUCACCUGGGAGGAAGAAUUCACCUUUGAGCUGAACGCCAAGUCGAAGGAGUUACACCUGCAGAUUUCGGAGGCUGGCUCAGAAGGUCUGUUGGCGGUGACGGCGGUUCCUUUGGACUUAUUUAAGAAGCAGCCUUCUGGGCCACAGAGCUUUACGCUGACCAGCGGGCCCGUCCCCGGCAGCUCGGUGCUGGGUUCGGUCACGGCAGAGUUUUCUUACGUGGAACCCGGCGAACUGAGAUCCUGGCAGGCCCCUGCCUCUGCUCCUGCGGCGAAGAUAGAGAAGGACCGCACGGUGAUGCCCUGUGGGACCAUCGUCACCACUGUCACCGCCGUGAAGACCAAGCCUCGCUUCGACGUGGGCAGGGCGUCCCCGCCGGGCUCUGAGUCUCCCGCGAGGACGCCCGUCAAGGUGAAGGUGGUCGAGAAGGACAUCUCCGUCCAGGCCAUCGCCUGCCAUGGCGCCCCCGUCAGCAAGACGCUGUCUUCUUCAGACACAGAGCUGUUGGUGUUGAACGGCUCGGACCCCGUGGCUGAAGUGGCCAUCCGACAGCUCAGCGAGUCCUCCAAGCUGAAGCUCAAGUCUCCGCGGAAGAAGAGCACCAUUAUCAUAUCAGGGAUCUCCAAGACCUCACUCUCUCAGGACCACGCCGCCGCCCUGAUGCAGGACUACGCGGCCUCCAUGGACGGCGCCACGCAGGAGGACGCCUCGCCCCCCCCAGACUCGUCCUCGGCCUGCGCCCCGCCGGAGGAGGACCUGCCAGCCCAGGCGCCCCCUGACCCCGCGCCCCAGGAAAAUGACCUAGACGCCUGGGACCUGGAGAAGGAGGCCCCGGCGGCCGCGUGGGGCGGCCCAGCCCUGCUGGAGCCCGACGGGGACGAGCUGUCGGAGAGCUCCCUGAGCGCCUCGGAGCCGGGCGCCACCAAAAAGCGUAAAGGGGGGAUCCUGAGGAAGAGCGCCAAGCUGUUCUUCCGCCGGCGGCACCAACAGAAAGACCCGGGCAUGAGCCAGUCGCACAACGACCUCGUGUUCCUGCAGCAGCCCGAGGGCGCCCGGAGGAAGGGGGCCACCCUCACCAGGAUGCUGAACAGGAAGCUGCUCCCCGGGCACAGGAGCAAGCACGCCGUUAACGGCGCGCCCGCCGAGCCCUGCACGUAGGCCCGAGCCAGGGUGGCGCCUCCUUGCAGCCGGAAGACGCAGACCCGCCCCAGCUGCCCUCCCGCCACGGAGCGAGAGCGCCAGCCUGCUGUCCCACGCCAUGCUCGCCCAGCUGGGUUUUUCCAACAAUCUAGGGUUUUAAAGGGAAAAAAAAAAAUCUGGGUCUCCAGCCAGGAGGCUGCCCCCGGAGAGGACUGAAAAAACCCAGUUUGCCAGCAGAUGCCAGGUGAGACCGACGGCCCCGUAGCUCGGCCGUGCUCGGAUCCACGAGUUCAGCGUGAAUAGUAGCGGGAGAUGCACGCUGUGGGAAGACUGCGCACUCCGGUGGGCGGGGGAGGGCAGGCUUGGGGGACCCACGCACUGUACUCUCUGACCGGUGUCGUUUGGGGGGGCCAUGCCUGGACCACGUGACACGGAGGAGGCGCUUGCUGUGCUAUCACUGUGAACGGAACGGAUGGGUCACCUCUCCUAACUUGCUGCUUAGAACAAAAAUGUGCAGCUGGGCCCGAGUACAGGGAGGCGGGACAUAGGCAGGGUUUUUGGUAAAUGGAGACAUUGUGAUAGGAAUGGAAACGCUACGACAAAUGUAGGAAGCUAUCUGCCUUUGAUAGUAGCCAUAGGACUCGAACACUUAUGCAAACACUAAAUAUAUCCUAUGCAUAUGUAUUAUGCCGAACACUUUCCUAAGUUUACUUUGAGCCUCCUUGCAAGUGGAAGAUGCGUUAAGUUCUUAUGUGGUUUCUCCGUUGUUGGUUAUCAUGACAAAAAGCUCUCAUGCCACCGUUGGAGCAGGUGACACCCAGGUCUUUCUUCCUGCCCGUCACACUCGCUAGACAAGAGCGCUGCAAGUCUGUCGAAGGCAGGCAGGAGCAACAAGAGGCAGCUCGUGGAACAUGCUAACCACAUGCACAUGGUUUUUGCCAAAUACCGCCAAAGGCCAAAUCAAAGUGCUUCUAGGGCAACAGAGAAGAUGUGUCUCAGGCGUCAGUCUUAGCAAUGGAAGUUUAACAACAAAGAGGCCAGACUUCCAGUAGACGUGCUUGUUAUAGAGUGGCUGUCAUUGGGGCAGGAAGUUUUGGCAGAUGAACCAGACUCAUUUUCCUGCAAUAAGAUUUAAAAGGCUAUUCUGGGCCAGGCAUGGUGGCUCACGCCUGUAAUCCUAGCACUCUGGGAGGCCGAGGCGGGCGGAUUGCUCGAGG